AUGAGCAAGAAGAGAUCGUACUCAGACGGCGACGAAGCCUCUGGCGACAGCGAGGUUGCGGCUGCCAAGCGCCAAAAGAUCAACAAGGCGCACUUCAAGAAGAAGCGACACCAUCAGAACAAGUCAGACGAGGGCAAAGAGAGUUUGGGUGCCAUCAAGAAGCGCGCAAGGGCCAUUGAACGGUUGCUUGCGCGAGAUAAUCUGAAACUUCCAGCGAACAAACAAAAAGAACUCGAGCGCGAGCUGAAGGCGCACAAGGAGCGCAUCAAAGACAUAGAGUUCAAGCGGGAAAGGAGCAAGAUGAUUUCGAAGUACCACAUGGUGCGCUUCUUUGAAAGGAGAAAGGCUUUACGGUUCGCGCAGCAGCUCGAGAGGAGGCUGUCUAAGGCCACAGACCCUGUGGAGAUUGCGCAAUUGAAAGCCGAUCUCCAUAUCGCGCAAGUCGACAUCGACUAUACCAAGUACUUUCCAUUCAUGGAACCAUAUGUCAGCCUGUAUGCCCAGGUGAGGGGCAACAAGGAGGGAGACGACAAAGACGGGAAGGACGACAAGGGUGCUGCGGCCCGUUAUCUGCAUGCCCCGCGACCACCUAUGUGGUACGAAAUUGAGAAAAUUAGGGAGGAGGGUGUAACGGCGCUGGAAAAACUUCAAAAUAGAGCUCCCGAGAAAGUGAUAAAAAAGGUUGAUGCAAAAGUGGAGAAGCCCAAGAAGCCUUCAAAGGAUAAGGAUAAGAGGAAUGGCGAUGAUGGCAAAGAGAAGAAAAAGAAAGAGAGGGCAGAAGAUACGCAGGAUAAGCAGGAGUGGGUUGGGAAGAAGAAAGAAAAGGAGAAAAAAGACAAGCCAAAGUCGGGCAAAGGCAAGAAGGACGAGUCCCCGGCGAGGUCGGAGAGCGAGGAAAGUGACAGUGAUGGAGGCUUUUUUGAAGAGGACUAA